UUGGCAUACUCAACAUAUUGUGAUGAGGAUACAAUUAACAAAUGGUCUUGCGGAUAUUGUAAUACAAAGUAUAACCUUGGACAAAUUGAAUUUAAAACAACAUUUGGUGAUUCUAGUAGUAACGGAUUUGGAUACUUGGCUAAAAGAGGGAACACAAUUAUACUAGCAUUCCGAGGAACAAAGGUCCACACUCUUGAGAAUUGGGCAUCCAAUUUGGAUGUAACCUUGGCACCAUGGUCACGUGAUAAUCCUUCUGCAAAGGUUCAUCAUGGAUUCAAGAAGACAUAUCUAACAAUUAAGGAUGAGAUUGAGGAGAAGUUGACUAAUUUGAUUGCCUCAUGUCCAGAGUGCGACUCCCUUGAAGUCACUGGACACUCAUUGGGUGCUGGAUUGGCUACAUUCUGUGUCUUUGACAUUUACCCUCGUCUAUUCAACAAGCAUAUUACAUUGUAUACAUUUGGAUCACCCAAACUUGGCAACCAAGAGUUUGUUUUACAGUUGGUGGCAAAGGUUGGAGCAAGCAAUAUUUGGAGAAUCGUGGAGGAGAAUGAUAUUGUUUGCCAACUUCCGGACCCAACAUCGGGAUACGUCCAUAUACCUAAUGAAUGUUGGUGCCAUUCAUCCAAACGUUCAUAUGAUUUGUGCACUGAUCAGGCCGAUCCAAAGUGCUCAUCAUCAGUAUCUCCAACAAAGUUGAGCAUGUCCUACCACACCCGCUAUCUAGGUUUCCGAUUUGAUCAAUGCAGCAAGAGAGGAAACUUGGAAGUAGCCAGAUAU